UGGACAGAAGGCACUGAAAUUGUCAACACUACGCUAAACCAAAGAUGGACGCAACAGUAUAAACCUAUAACUGAUAUCAGAGAUAAUACCUAUAACUCACUAAUAGCAACAAUUUACGAGGAUGAAGUUGUCAAAAUUAUUAAACUUAUGAGUAAUAAUAAAGCUCCAGGGCCAUCAUUAAUAUCUUACGAAGUAUUUAAACACUUAGAAGAGAAUGGCAUCAAGUUACUUUGCCUACUUUAUAACAAAAUAAUAGAAGUUGGAGCGGUCCCAAAGGAUUGGAUAAACAGCAAU